AUGAUUUAAAUCUAGCAAGCAUAGAUGCGAUCAAAAAUUUUAGGACUCUUAUAUGAUAAAUAAUAAGAAUAAUUCUUGAACUUAGUUUUGUUAAAAGACAAAUUACCAUUAGCUGUGAACGCUCUAAAUUGGAUAAUGAUUAAUUUAUGUUCAAGUAUUGAAUAUUUAUUAUAAGUAUUUCUUGAAUUAGGAAAAAGAUAAAACAUAAUUUUUCCAAGAAUUGCUUUAGAAACAAUUUACAUAAGUUUAAAUCCAAAAAAUAGUUUACCAUAUAUUUAAUCUUAUGAAGAUAUUUAAAUACCGAAAGAAAAAAGAAAUUAAUAUGCCAAAAACUAAAUGAUUUCAAUAUGUAAUUGUAUCAUUAUAAUUUAGUAAAAUAAUUAAAUUACGAAACAUAGUUGUAUAAUGAUCAAAAUAUUACUCUGCAAGAAAUUUAAUAAAAAUUAUUAUAAAAGAUUGGAUAUUCUGAAUCAAUAAGUACCGAAUUUACACAGGAAUUUCAGAAUUAUUUAUUUAUAGAAAGUAAUGAAAAAAUACAUCAUCAAAGAGGAUUUACCAGAGUAGAUUCUAUAAAAAUACCAUCUUUUAUUUUAAAUGUGUAAGAAAACGAGAUAGUUAUGAAAAUCUACAAAUAAGUGCAAAUGUACGAAUUAAGGGAAGUUGAAAUCAUAGAGAAUUUCGAUAGUCCUUAUUAACCAUACCUAUAUUUUUACAUUCGAUAUAGCAACAUCUUAAUAUUAUUUUUAAAGAAACACAAAAUAAGUUUUUGUAAGCUUAUAUCUGAUUGCUUAAUUCCAAGGAGAAAUUAAGAAUAUACAGAUGAACUUAAAUUAAAAGGGUAUCUCAAAAUAUUUAAUUCAAUGAUUUUAUCAUUGGAAAACUUAAGUUCUAUGAAAAUUAUUCAUAGAGAUCUAAAACCAGAUAAUAUUAUGUUUGAUUUUUAAAAUUAAAUAAAAAAUCUAUAGAAUCUUCUUUAAAAUGAUAUCACUUGUGUUAUAAUUGAUUAUGAUAGAUCCAAAUAGAAAGUGUAUGAGAAUGACUAUCAAACUUUUUAUGAAUGUAAUUCGAUAUUCAAACCACCUAAUACUGUUACAGAAUAUCUUCCUUCAUAUGAUAUAUGGUAAAUGGGUUUCAUAUGGAUGAUUUCUUUAACUUAGGAAUUUAUGAGAUAACCAUAAUAAUUUAUAUAAAAUCCAUAAUUUAGAUAAUUGGUUUCUAAGAAAAAUUAAGAUUAUCAUAAAUUUAUUUAAGAAGUGAAAUAUUCAAAUAUAAAAUUCUAAGAUGUUUAUGAUAAAUUAAUUUUUAAAAUGUUAAGUUUUGAACCCGGAGAAAGACCCACAGCAAAUCAAAUUAAAGAAAAGAUUGAAAAUCUUAUUCAAAGUUUAAAUUGA